AUGUCGUCUCCGGUAUUUGAGCACUCUGCCCGUGAGACGCACACUGCCCUGCACCGCUGGAACGCGCCCAAUGUGCAGAAGUGGAUGACUAAGUGGCAGCACGGCAAUAUUUCGUCACAGGACCUGCUGUUGCGGUUCGUCGCUGGACUCCCCAACGUGAAGCACCAGGAGGGCGAUCAGCAUGUCUUCAGAGAGCCAAAGGGCGGUUGGGUGGAACAUAUGGUGUUUGAGACGACCUUCCCCACGAAGGCAAGCUACAAGUCGUACUGGCACGGGACGACGUUCCACUGCCUCCCCAGCAUUCUACAAUAUGGGCUUAAGAACUCCAGCGACACCCGCAUCCACGAGUGCACAGACGUCGGCGUGUAUGUGGCUGACACGCUCACGUGGGGCGGCGCCUUCUACCACGGCGUCGCCACGCGGUUCUCAGAGCACCCCGACUUCAGCAUCCCGUACACCCGCAUCGUUCUGAAGGUCGGAUGCGAUGGGCCUCCGAAGACCAGCCGUUCUUACGGGGAGUGCUACCAGCUUAUCUUCGACGAAAAGCAGAUCGUCGUCGAAGAGAUUCACUUGUUUCGUGGCUAUGGCUUCGCAAACAAGGGUGAUAAGUACUUCGACUGCGUCGGCCCCCUGGCCAAGGCGCUGCCCGCGGCGGAGGCGUUCGCUCGGUGCUAUUGCUGCGCUGACCGUGACGACACCAUUUCUCCCCUGAUCGUCCCCAAGGUGCCGAACACGCAGGAGGCGGCCCAGCUGGCAGCUGCCGACGACGAUAUCAUCGCCGACUGCGGUCGAGAUGAUGUGCGGGCGGCUGUGGAGAAGCGCAAGAGGAUCCACGGCGCCGAGCAGUCGGAUGCCAUCUUCGCAGAUAUAUUCCAGAAGGUCGACGCGAAGAAGGGCCGGCUCCGCCAGGUGCGCGCGGCGCCCGUGGCCACGAACACGGGGCUCGUCGCCGACGCCGAGAAGUACGCGGAGAUCGUGGAGAGAGAGCGCCCCAACUGGAGCUCGGAUCUCAAGCGCAUCGGCCUCGCGGCCCUCUGCGUGUACCGCUCCCGCCCAGUGGACGUGGGGACCGUGCAGCACGUGCAAAUGAUCUGGAUCAUACUUGGUGGCCGCCUUCUCCGCGCCCACAACGGGCGGGCUUACUUCUACGAUCAACGUCUCGGUUACUUCGACGUCUUCGACGGCCUCCUCCCGCCAGAGCUGCUCUUCGCGGCGUCUCGCUUCAUGCUGACUCUGGAAGGAAUAUUCAGGGAUUUCCCGUGCGGCGUGGAGCGAAAGGAUUCCGCCGUGCUCGCGGCCAUCGACAGCGCCGUGGAGAAUGCGGUUGCGAAGAUCAACGGAGACAUAUCUUACGCAGUUAAGGAGGCGGCCGCGCUCGUCUCGUUCCGCGACAACUGCGUCUUCAACAAGGGAAAUGCGAUCCUGCAAAAGGCCAAGGGCAAGGGCAAGGGCGUCGCGGCGCAGGCGCCCGAUGGCGAGGGCGAGGGCGAGGGGCGGGGGCGCGGCGCUGAGGACGCCGAGGGCGACGACCUCACCAGGGCGUCCGACGCGUGGCACAUCGCAGUCGCCCAGACUAUCAGCAAGGUAUCGACCAAAUUACAGACGGAACUUCUCAGCAGCAAAAUCAUGUCGUACUUUAUUGAAUGGUGCUCUCAGGACACCAUGCGAUCUGCUGGCGUCGCCUACGAAGACUGCAUCGUGAAGUACGAUGUGCUGGGUAGUCCUGUGACAUUUUCUUCUGAGCGAUCACCUGAGAAUUCGGUUUACAUUGGCAUCCGCUCGCAGCUCCUGUCCACCGACCCCGUGCUCGACGCGGCGGUGGCCCGCGUGCAGAAGAUAUAUUCACAGACGUUCUGGUCCAUUCCAGAUGCUUUCGUGUUCGGGCAGGCGGCCCAGGCGCUCGCGAAGAGAGGCUACAACGUUGACACCAUCACAGUGUACUGGGGACCUGGCGGCGUCGGCCUGAGUCUCCUUACGAGUCAUUUGGAGGACUUACUCAAGAAAUUUGCCACAGCGGAGGGAGUUUCUGGAAGACUUCCCUAUUCAAUCUUGACCAAGAUGUUUCGCAUUGUGGGUUGGAAGAGACUCGAGGUCAACAAGUUCCUGGUGUUUGACGAGAUCACAGAGCAGAACGUGGAGUCUUUGAUGCGCAGGCUUGCCGUGGUGAAGAUACAGGCGCGGUUUUUCGAUCGCCUGUAUGUUGAGGAGAACUUCGGUGACGCCGCGGCCGCCGGGAUCUUCGCCCGUGACCCAGAUGCGAAGGAGUUUCUCAUGUCCUCCGUCGGCGUCGCCGCUGGGCAUCGAGUGCAGUUCGCCUUCGAGGAUGAUCACGGCGCAGAGGCGUGUCGCGACAUUAUCGUUCGGUAUGCGCGCUGUGGUGGCGAUCGAGGAAUCACGGAGAAGUCGCUGCGGCAGGCUUGUGGCCUCCUCGAGAAGACGUCGAACGUGGCUGGGUCCCUGCAGGCGGAGAUCGACGCGCCCAACUCGCAGGGGCAUGGGUGCACAGCCCCCAAGGAGUGGUUAGAUUUCAGCAUGGCUCUCAUUCAAGAAUGUCAAAAGAAAAACAUGGACUUCCUUACGCUUCCAGCUUUCAAGGCGAUGUCGCUGCCGACCAGUUGCAAGCUUCCUGCCCCUAAGCCGAAGGCCUUUCAGCGCCUGCAGACAGAGGGUCUAUGGGUGGGCAUUGGAACAGUGGGCAAGGCGGCCGAUCGCAUCGCGCCGCGCAUACGCACCAAGAACGGCAUGAGCGCGCUGAUCGACGAGAGCUCGAUGGGCGCGUGCAACUACCCAGAGGUCUACGACAUGAAGUCCUUUCGGUCAGUAUUCUUUGAGCACGGAGCUCGCAAAACUAACGCUGUGGUUCUGGCGGAUGCACUGGGCAAAGGCAUUCGGCGCCCCGGCCGACAGGCUGCCGAGAAGGCUGCGCGCGAGGCGGCGUGGUCGGAGAGGGCUGAAUCAGUUCGACGCAUGGAGUCUUUCAUCGAUACUUUGGCGAGCAGGGACAAGCGCGCCCAGGAAAUCAAGAGGAGGCGCCUCACGGCCAAGGCUAGCGGCCCGAGCUCGCAGGGGGAGUCGGCUCAUUUCGACGACGAGGUUUCGAUUACGGUUUCCACGGGGUACCAUCACAAGGUGGAGUGGUCUCGCCUCUUCGUCGACGACUCUGUGGGCGCGCAGUCCAUGGACCAGCGCUUGCAGAAGGUUUUGCUCACCAACACGUUCGAUUUGGACAUGGAGAACUUCUUGUUUUGCAUCCUUCCGCAGAUGUUGAAGCGGCUGAGCCUCCUGGACGAGAAGGUUUUCGCAGAAGAAUUUGAAGUCCUUAAUCGUCUGCAAAAGAAUCGGCGCGAAGUUUGCGAGCAGGAACUCGGCGUGGGAUUGUCUGUCGGCAAAGGGAUUCUCUUGGAGGUCGCGUGCGGGGCAUCCGUGCCCGCUGCUUUCAGAGGGAAUGAGUUCCUUGCUGCCCUGUCCAGGGCGUCCAGGAUGCUGAGGUGGCUCGCGGUUUCGCUGCUGCCUAAGGUGCACCUCGCGAUGCAACAGCACGAGGGGAAAUGGGCGGAGUCUUCUACAUUUAGUUAUCUAUGGCAAGGCGUAGAGAACUACAUACUGCAGCACGUGCUCAAUUUCAUUUGCGAGGAGCGCGUGAAGCACCUGUCCUUGCAUUUCGACGGCGUGCGCGUGGACGUGGACCGCGUCGCCGUGACGGGGAGCUUGGGCGAUUUCUGCUCGGGUUGCUCUGCGCGAGUUCACGCUGCCACCGGAUACACCGUCACGCUGCGCAACAAGGAGCAUUCCUAUUUCUUCGACCUCCUGCGCGCGAAGAGCGCGGCAGUCGUUGAUGAGGGCGGCCCACGCAGCAACGAAGACAACAAGCAUCUGUUUCUACGGGGCAACUGCAUACCCAGUGCGAUCGCCGCACUGACUUCUCAGUGGGCGAAAGCGCGAGAGAAUAUUUCGGAGCCGCAGGACGAGGUUUUCAGGAAGUACCGCGACGUGGCAGAGCUGCUGGAGACGCCGCUCUUUCCGCGGGCGAGCCUCCUGGACUGCAAGGAAGGGCGCUACCUUCUUCACGCGGAGAACGGCGGGCUUCCGCAUUGCAUCGGCGCGGUGAUCCAGAAUGGGAGCGUCGUGAUUUGCGAGGAGGGCGCUGCUCGUAAGAUGAGUGUUUUUGAUUUCGAGGAAUGCUACGCCAGCGCGCUCGACAUGAAGAUGGUAGUGGCUUUCCGUCUGGGCGAUAGCAUUGAUCCUGAGGAGAGCGCGCGGCUGGACGGGCUGCUGGAUCUCCUGGCUGCUGGCCGAUGGGACGAUGACGGGCCGACUCCGCCGUCGAGGAAGCGACGUCGCCUCGCCUCCAGGGCGGCAAGAGCAGCGCGCGGCAGCCCUGUGUCAUCGUCUUCGCCGUCCCCGACACCUUCAGCGCGCUCCGCGGCCCCCUCGAACAUCAACUCCAGGCGCCACAAUGAGAACCUCAAUUUCAUCGAGCUGCUGCGUGCGAAGGGUCUGGCAGUAGACGAUUACGACAGCGGCGCGCCGAGCAGUGCGGGCGACCAGCUGCUUCGGCGCGGCAACUGCAUACCCUGCGCGUUCGCAGCAGUGACUGGACAGUGGCAGAGCGUGCGAGAGAAGAUUUCGGGGCAGCAGGUUGCAGAUUUCAGGAAGUACCGCGACGUGGCAGAGCUGCUGGGCACGAUAUUCUUCCCGCGGGCGAGUCUCCAGGAUUGCAAGGAGGGGCGCUACCUUCUUCACGCGGAACACGACGGGCUUCCGCACUGCGUUGGCGCGGUGUUCCAGCACGGGGAGGUCGUCAUCUUCGAGAAAGGCAAGGCGCAGAAGAUGAGCGUGUCCGCUUUCGAGGAGUGCUACGCCAGCGCGCUCGAUAUCAAGACGGUUGUGGCUUUCUGCCUGGAUGAGGAUGGCAUCGACGAUGGCGAGAGUUCGCGGCUGGACGGGCUGCUAGAUCUACUGGCCGCUGGAGACGACGAGGGCAGCGAGGCCAGUUGCGACGGGGAGAGCUUCGACGGAGGCACUGUAGACGUACACUCUGAGCUACUGCGAGCGCUGAAGGCGGAGGUGGACGCCGCGAAAGCGGCCGUUCGUGGAGGCAGUCAGUCGCGUUGCAUUCUCUGCCCCUUCAAAGAGUUUGACGAGAGCAGCCCCAAGGUGAAGCGGAACCUGCUGACGCACCUGUGUAAUUACCAUAACCCAGAGAGGAAGAGUCAACGAACUGGCGAUCGGCAGAUGGGCUUCGGUAACUACGUGGCGUCCGGCACGAAGCAGAUGAAGAUGGUCUUCGCGAUGUUCGACUCCGAUCGAUGCCAGGGGAAAAGCCAAGGGCGGUAUCUCGAACGCACUGCUCAGAUGUUGCGAGAGAGCGUGAAGCCUGCGCUGGCCUGCCUCAGGAUUGAUCGCGACAUCCGUCUCCUGUUGGACGGCGCUGGCCCGAUAUUCAUCAACGCAGCCGCCAUCAUGUCCGAGCCGCCCGAGGGCCCGACGACGCUGGCGAGGCGCGUCGGAGAUACGUACUACAGCCACGCGUUCGCAGAGAUUAUCUUCAAGGAGUUCAUGCUGAACCACGGGCGCGCUCGGCCCACUCGCGCGCGCAUCGUGGCGAGAUGCGCGGAGGCGGGGUCGCAGCUGACGCACUUGCUCCCGCAGGAGGUCACCAAAUGGUUGGAGCUGCUGGAAGAUCUCCUCAGCGCGCCAUUUGUUCGCGCUGCGCGCGAUCAGCUCAUGCAGCAGUUGCUCGAUCACGACGAGUUCGUGCACGUGUCGAUCGACGCCACCAUCAGGGCGGCCAUGCGCAUCAAAGGGCAGGCGAAUUACCGGGACUCUGCGGAGAAGAGAGCCGCCGCGCCUUUUGACGACACGGUUGCCAAGAGGCGCAUCCUCACGGUGCGCGGCCGCACGGCGGCCGUCGCAGGCAUGUGGCCGAUCGCGUCUGAGGCCGCGCGGAACAUCAAGGAUAUGCUUCAGAUGCGUCUCCCACAAGCAGCUCUCGAUCAGUGCCGCUCGAUCGCGACUGACGACCCCUCUGGUGAGUUGUACGGCCAGUUGCUAGAGAUCUGCAAGAAUCUGACGUGGCUCAGCUUGGACCCAGUGCACCUAGCUAUCGUUUACAACUCGGCUCACUGGCCAGGGCAGACAGCGCUGCGCACGGUUCUGAACAAAUUCAACAAGAUUGAUUAUCAGGCUACCUCGGACGCGUGGGGCCCAGCUUAUACAGGCGGACAAUUGCAACCUCUGACCCCAGACCAGAACAGAAGUCGGGACGCAGUGAAGAACGGCAGCAUGCCCAGACGAGAGGCGCAGCGCCUCCUGGAUAACCUGAAUGGGGAAGAGCCUUUCAAGAACACCGAUGAUUUCGUCAGAGCCAUGGCGGCUAUUACAUCAGUAUAUUGGGAUGAGGUGAACCGGGGCACGGCGAGCGGGCGGCUCUUGGUAGAUGUGCUCUGGUCGGCUACGUCGGUGGAGCGGGUGCAGUUCUUGUUCAACAACACGCGGAUGCGCCACUCCCUACCCAAGAAGUACCAAUCGCUGAUUGGUUCUGGCACGUCGCCGAACGAGGCGUUGCACGCCGAGGUCAACAGGUGGUUCCGCAACCAGCCCGAGCUCUACCUUGAGACGCUGGAACUGCAGCUGGCGGCGGCCACCCACGCCAAGCUGAUCGCGCACAACGCCGCCAUGUACGCGCCAGCUCUGAGAGCGCUCACCUCGCAGACAGUGCUCGCGACUGCGAUUGGCCGCCAGCUCGCAUCCCCUGACGAAUGGCAGCGCUUCUGCGCGGCGCAGGCAUCGGGUGUUGGCGCGCCUGCGAAGGCGUGCCUGCCCAAGAGCGCCCAGCGGAAGGCUUCUCAGCCCUUGGCCAAGCAGUGGGCAAAGGAUCGUAAGAACUUUAAGUCUAUCGUUCGGAAGAGGCCCGCGGCAAUGAAGGCUGCGCAGAAGAGGCCGGCGGCAAUGAAGGGGGUCAAGCGCACUCCCUUCAAUAGGAAGCGGGUCAUCCGUUAG